UGCUCCCCCGAAAAAAAAUCUCAAAAAUUUUCCAGUCCCAACAUGCUGCUGCUCUUACUGCUGCUUACUAUUUUGACCAUAAAACUAUGGUUGAGUCACAAAUAUGACUUUUUCAAGAGGCGAGGGAUUCCUUUCCUGCCCGCUUCAUCCUGGUCGCCAAUGGGCAAUCUCGGGCAGCUACUGUUCCUGCGAAUUUCGUUUGGCGAUCUGUUUCGACGCCUCUACGCAGAUCCGAGUUGUGAUCAAGCCAAGAUCGUGGGCUUCUUUGUCUUCCAAACACCUGCUCUGAUGGUCCGAGAUCCUGAGCUGAUACGCCAGGUGCUGAUCAAGAACUUCAAUGGCUUCCUUAACCGUUAUGAGUCGGCGGACGAAGGCGACCCCAUGGGAGCACUUACUCUGCCGUUAGCCAAGUACCAUCACUGGAAAGAGAAUCGACAGAGCAUGUCGCGGCUUUUCACCAGCGGUCGCAUGCGGGAUGUUAUGUACCCGCUGAUGCUGAAGGUGGUUAUCGACCUGGAAGACCACAUCAACCGGAAGCUCAGUGGUCGUUCCGAGAGGGUCAUCCCAUUGAGCAAAAUGUGCCAGUUGUACACCACCGACGUGACCGGAAAUCUCUUCUACAGUCUGGAUGUGGGCGGAUUGCGACAAGGAAAUUCUCAGCUGCUGAAGAAAACCAAGGAAUUAUUUAACACCAAUCCCCGCAAGGUUCUGGACUUUAUGAUCGUUUUCUUCCUACCAAAAUGGGGAAGCCUGCUGCGACCCAAAGUUUUCAGCAAGGAAUAUGCGGACUAUAUGAGGAAUUUGGUCGGAGAACAUCAUCAAAAGCCCCAAAAAGGGGAUCUCGUCACUCAGCUGCAGAGCUUCCAGCGCAGUCGCUCCGCAAACCAUUACUCUCAGCAUCCGGAUUUCAUAGUCUCCCAAGCGGGAAUUAUUCUGUUGGCCGGAUUUGAGACCUCUUCGGCACUCAUGGGGUUCACUCUCUACGAGUUGGCAAAGGCACCAGAAAUCCAGGAAAGAUUGAGGAAAGAACUUAAGGAAGCUUUUGGCUCCACUUCCACCUUAAGCUAUGACACCCUCAUUGCCUUGCCCUACCUCAAAAUGGUGUGUUUGGAGGCACUGCGUCUCUAUCCGGCUGCGGCAUUUGUCAAUCGAGAGUGCACUAGUGAAGAGCCCGAGGGAAUCUCCCUCCAGCCGUAUGUGGACUUUGUGGUGCCCCCGGGUAUGCCAGCCUACAUAUCCAUACUUGGUCUGCAUCGCGAUGCAAAGUACUGGCCCGAGCCCGACCGCUUUGAUCCCGAGAGAUUUAGUCCGGAGCGGACAAAGGACAUCCUCCCAAUGACCUAUAUUCCAUUUGGAGCCGGUCCUCAUGGCUGCAUUGGCAGUCGUCUGGGUGUCCUCCAGCUGAAAUUGGGCAUUGCUCAUAUUUUAAAAUUAUUCAGGGUUGAAGUUUGCAAGCAAACAGUUGCACAGAUUCGUUUCAACCCCAAGUCCUUUAUGCUGGAGUCGCAGGAUGAGAUAUACCUUAAAUUCUGCAGGGAUUGAAUAUAGAUUGAAGUAUUCAAAAAACCUUAGGCUGUGAAAAAUCAAAGACCAUGGUUCCUAGCUUCUUGUAGCUCAAAGAAACGAAAGUUCGGUAGGCUUA